GUCUCAAAUCAAUUUACUCUAGUUUCUUCACCACAUUUUUCUGCUCCUGAAAUCAUGUCGUCUAAGUUGAUCCUCGUUCUCGGUGCCGGUCCUCGCGUGGGACUGAACGUCGUCAAGAAGUUCGCGGACAAUGGAUACAAAACCGUUGGCGUAUCCAGAAAUCCAGGUGAAGAGCUCUCCAAGGUCGCGGAUCUGGCCUUGAGUGCCGAUUUCUCGAAGCAUGAGAGCAUCAAGACCAUUUUCGAUGAAGUGAAAUCUAAGGUUGGGGUUCCGAACGUGGUGGUUUAUAACGGGGCUGCAAAUCAUGGAGCGAAAGACCCGUUCGACGUUUCUGUCGAGGAUUUCAUCCUGGACAGUAACAUCAACAUCGUCAGUGCGUAUGCAGCUCUUCAGCAGGCGAUCCAAGCUUUCAAGGAACUGCCAAAGGGGACGCCGAAGACGUUUAUUUAUACCGGGAAUGGGUUGACGCAUAUGAACUUGCCUGCGCUCAUGAAUAAUGGGAUGGGGAAGAGGGCUGCGUUGUACUUGAUUGAGAAUGCUGCGCAGAUUCAUGGGGAUCAGGGAACUCGUUUCUACUACGCAGAUGAGAGGGAGGCAGGUGGAGCGCCUGUGUAUGGCAGAAUCGAUGGGCCGGCUCAUGGCGAGUUUUACUAUGAGCUUGCCUCGAGUGAGAAGACGGGUCCGUACGAAGCUACGUUUGUGAAAGGAAAGGGGUAUUUCGAUUUUGAGGGAGGGAUUGGUGCGAAGUGACUCUCUGUCAAUGAGCUUCAGAGAUCAUCACGUUUAUGAAUAAGAAUUGAUUGUUCUGUCG